GUUCAAAUUUAUACUCCACAUCAGUCGGACAGCUCUUUCGACUUUCUAUAUACAAAAAUAUUUGUAUUUUAUAUGUUUUUUAACAUAUAACUCGUUUCGACGCGAUUUGUGCCAAGUUCUUCGUGUGCCUUGCUAAUUUCCAGUGAUUUAAUUUAUGGAUGCCAAACGUGGUAAUGCCUCUGGGGCACGCCAAAGCGGAGGCGGAGGCGGCGGCGGUGGUGGUGGUGGCUAUCAUGCCUCCAAGACGAGCGUGGCUUCACGCCAUGGCGCCAAUAAUGGCGGUGGCGAAGGAGGUGGAGUAGCCAUGGGACGCAAGCAGGUCAGCCAGGUCAGUCUGACGCCCAGUCAGGCCAGGAAUUCGGAAAAUCCCCUCAAGAGUCCAUUGGAUGCCUUAAGCCGCAGCGGUCCCGUGCGCAAUCAGAAUCCUUUCCAGCGACGAUCCGGCUUGCAGGAUGUGGACGAUGCCUUCCUUGCCUCAAAUGCCUUUGCCCGACCGCCCAGGGUUCGUCAUUCUGGAUUGGAUAGGGACAACCUGCCGCAGGCAGCUGCAGGUGGAGGAGCUCCUCCUGGUCAACAGGGCACAGCAGCAAUGGCUCCCAUCCGCGUUUCCGGGGGUCAGGAUCCCAAUCAGCAGCAGCAGCAGCAACAAAUACAGCAGCAGCAGUAUCAGCAGAUGCCUCCAGCGGAUGCCAUGCAACAGCAGCAGCAACAACAACAGAUGCCUCCUCAAGCGGCGGUUGUGCCCUCGCAGCAACAAUUGCAACAGCAAUACAUGCAACAACCGGCUGCCGGACAGCCAACGCGUAUGGAGCCCCCACCGUCGGGAAGGGCUCAUGUCCACCAGCAGCAUAUGCAACAUCAGCAGCAGCAGCACAUGCAACAGCAUGGUGGCUACGAGCAACAGCAGCAAGCGACUCAACCAAUUCAGCAGCAGCAGCAGCAACAGAUGCAGCAGCAACAUCAAUUGCAGCCGCAACACCAGUUGCCUCAGCAUGGAUAUCCUUCCCAGCCGUCGGCAACCGGAGCUCCGCAGGCAACUCAGCCAACAGCAACUGGAGGAGCAAUGACUCAACAAGGAGGCGGCAAUAAUGCGCCCAGGGAAAACGGAGGGGGAGCUGCAGCACCACCCGAUGCCGAGAUGUGCACCACUUGUCCCAACUGUCAGACCACCAUUUAUUUAGUGCGAACCCCGGAGCUUGGACAUGGAGACGCCAGUCUACCUGUUCAGUAAAAAAAAAAAAGAAAAUCGAUCCAGAGUGAAUUGCACCAAAUUUUAAGUGCUUGACUCUACGUUUUAUUUUGGAAGCUGUUUUGUUUUAUUAGUGAAGACGAUUUAAAAAGUAUGUAACGACCUGGUUAACACAAAUCUACCUUUUAGAAACCAAUAGUUGACAAUGGGCAACAUAAAAACAUUUUGGUCUAAUUGGUAAACACUUGUAAAUAAAGAAAUUCAGGAGUAAAA